GGAGAUAGUAUGCCUUUAAAGGAGCCGGUCUCGGCUAUGUGAUCAUAAAUCAUUGAUGUGGGGACAGGAGAUGCCGAGGAUAUACUAUACUGUACAUUGCCUUUAGCUUGGAGUAUCACAUCAUUUUGUAGGCCAUGACAGGUUACAUUCUUCUGUUUAGAAUGAUAAAUUGCAAGAGGGAUUAUUCGUCUGGACAGUCAUAUGUAUGUUUGCCUCCUGUAUAUUAUCAGAAUGUAUGAGCACACAUCAUUCAUCAUCUGCCAGGCGAACCUCGUAAUAUAUUUCAAACCAGUCGUGUAUCCGUUCCAUUUGCUACGAAGACACAAGUACUUCCUGUCUCAUGCAUUAAGCAUAUCCAUCGACUGGGCUUAGUAAAGAGCAUCAAAAGUUACACUGCUUGUAACAAUCUCCACACCGACUUAAUCACACUGCUGAGUUACUGGUCACAGAGUGCGCUUUUUACGAGCAAUCCUCUGAUACAAUGCAUUGAUGUACAUCGUAAGAUGUUUUAGUGUCUAUCUUCUAACAUCUUUUUGAUGUCAAUCUUCCAUCGCGUCUCAACAACCAGUCUAACUCCAAACAGAAUCAAGUAAAGAAAGGUUUAUAAACCAAGACUAGAUAUCUAUGGUCUUCUCAAGAGCCGAUGCCAAGGUCUUUGUCUUCUUUACAUCUAACAAUUAAACAAUAGGUGCGAACAGAUCAUCCUCUGCUAGCCGUAGGUGUAAUGCGAUUCACUGAGCUACUACUAGUAGUAGUACUUUAUCUGAUAUCAGCAGCAGUUGGCCUUUAUUCUUAUGCCAGUGGACGAUGGCCUGUCCUCAUUAUAAAAGUCCAAUCACGUGAAGAUGACGUAAGAGCAUAUCGAUGUAGGUUGAUUUUCUUUGAGAGUCUGGACUCUCAGGUGCACCUUCUGUCUUUA